CUUUUACCCUGUUUUCUUAGUGUGGAAGUUGUGCGUUGGCCUUUGUCCAAUUCUGCAAGUACGAGAGUUGGAAGGUUGCAAUUGGGUGAACACUUCUGAACAACAUAGACUGCUGCAGCAUUUUCUUUAAGUACUCAGAAAACUUGCAGUUUCAGAGCUCUUUGAGCAAACAGGUUCCAGAUGGGGAGGCUCUAUCUCAUUGAAUACGAUCAAACUCCUGAUAAGAGGUUCUACUUGUGCCGUUCAUGCCAAACGCACAUUGCAUCGGCCCAAGAUUUUCUUUCUAGUACUCUUGUGAACAUCUUCUUCGAAAAAGUUGUCAACGUGGUGAUUGAUGAUCCAGUACAUUAUUGGAGAGAUUUGAAGGAUAGAACAGUGGCAAAUGUCCUUUGUAUCAAAUGCAACAUACUUUUGGGAAGAAAAUAUGUCGAAGUUGAAGAACCCACCCUGGAAAUAAGGGAAGGAACAAUUCGAAUGGAACAGAAAAAGCUCCUGUUUUGGAAUGGAAAAGUGCUAGUUGAUGAACUCCCAAUCCCACAAUCUGAAGCCUUUGUCUAGAAUUCAUUGAAGGUGCAGUCAAUACCGCGGGUUUUCAGUUUGUGUUUAAGUUUGAUUCUCUCAGCACUCUGCAUAAUUGGAUGAGAUGUCAAGAAUGGCAGUUGGUCGAUUGUUCUCACUUUGUGUGUCGUUAGUUCUGUAAAAAAUGGUGACAGAUUGGGUGGUUGUAGAAUAUUAAGUGGUGAGGUGUCUGUCCUUUUCAUAUGUUAGCAUCUUUCUAACACAGUAUGCAGGUCAAGACUAGUAAGCAUAUGCCAGGUGAAAUAUUAAUUAAAUGGAGGUGAAACUU